AUGGACAAGAGCAGAAGAUGGUCGUCAUCCAUUUUUACCAGCGCGGAGGAGGCUGGAAAAGAAUACCAGGAAUACCUGCGUUCUUCUAUGACUUAUAGAAAAAUCAACCUGAGCGUUUUCGGAGACGACCGUAAAUUCACAAGCGAUCCUGGAACUAGUUACCUGGUGAAUUUGAAAAAUCUAACAGACAUUGAGAUUUCUCUCAAAAACUUUUUGGCCAGCAACGCAUUCUACUAUCACCUGCUGCUGGUUAUUAGCGGUGGAAUGCCCAACUUGAAAAAUAUCCACAUCAACCGACACGACUCUGAUAGCAUAUAUAACUCUUUCGUCCUCACUUCUUAUGCCAUGAUGAUGAGCGUUGUUUUGCCUGAUACACGAAUGAACCUUCGACAGGUGGAGGUGAUGAAACCGCUCAAGGUGGACUGGUCGUCAAACCUUUUCGUUGAUUCUUGUCUGGUCGUCAACCCUUGUGCCGUUUGCACUGAUAGCCAGCUCAUGAAGCUUUGCAAAGUUCCUUGCGGAGUGCAAGAACUCAUCUUGAUUGACUGCAGCCGUCCCGAAGUUAUCUACAAAUUGCUCAGGCAACUCGGUCCUCAGCUGAAAAGGCUCAAACUGGAAUAUUUUUACGAAGAUGAAUUACUUGAGUCAGGCAAACGUUUAAAACUUUCCAAAGUAAUGUUUCUGUGCCCAGAACUGGAGCACUUUCGAACCAACGAUCUCAUCCCCCUUGUGGCGAGUUCAAAGUACAAACUGACACCCAAACACUUGAAAAAAGUCAAGAGCUUUGAGCUCAGUGGAGAGUGCACCAACCUUGAGAUAGAGAGGCUAAAGCUAUUCAGCGACAUCUUCCAAAUGGUUUUGCUGGGCUCGCUGGACUGUAAAGUGCUAGAAGUGCAAAACGCCUACCUGCUGAAAUCAAUCGCCAGAUUUCUCUCUGAAAACCCGGCCUGUCUAACGUACGUGGAAGUGUUCAAUGCAGUGGCCUACCAAGCUAAUGUGGACCUAGUGUGCGAUAUUGGCAGGUCGUUAAUGAUUCGCUCGCCACACCUCCGAAGAAUCGAAAUCCAUGGUUUCCAGAGGAAGCUGUUGCCACAUUGGUUUUUAAACAUGACAGAUCAGCUUGGCGUUCAGGUCGCGUGCAGUAGCUUGCACCCAUGGAUUGGCAAUGUUACAAAUAUAUGCCACACCUUUAGUGAGAGCAACAGCGCUUACUUUAACCAAGACUUCUGCUAUACAGAGUGGAGCAGAAGAGGCAAGAUGACUCCGUAUGAUGAUUUCCACGCCCUGAUGGGAGACAUACCAGAAUAUUUGCCUGCUUCUCGUUGCUGUUCCAUGUGAUCUC